UUUCCGGUGAGACGUGUGUGUGUGUGUUUGGAGUUUGACCAGACACCAGAGGAUAGGCGGACUUCACAGAGGGAAGGAUGAGUUGGUUCUCUGAAUAGCGAACAAUCUGAGAUAGUCCCAGAAGCCAUUUAAUCUGGAGGGCUUUAUUAAACUGGUGUUGUCACGGGGAAGCCAUGGAUCCUUCACAAACUGCCGGCUCAUCCACUUCCAAACUGGACCCUUCGUCUCCCACCACCCUAAGGCCCGGGCCUCCUUCUCUCAGCUCAUCUGUUACUUCAACUACAACACAAUCAAACUGGCCUAAUCCUAAACUUUCAAUGCCAACACCUCCAACCACUCCCAUAUCUUCUCCCUCCACUGCCUCCCCUCAGACUUCUCCAAGUCUUCAUUCCCGCUCUUCCUCCCUUUCCACACCAACAGCUUCGCCUGUCCGGCAGCCAAUCAGGAGCCUCUCUCAGGGGGGCAGAUCUCAGCUCAAUGCAGCAUCUACGGGGACUCCCGUAACUGGAUCCUCAGCUGCUGGAGCCACUGCUAGAGUUCCACAGACUCCUCCCACACCUGAGCCAGAGGAGCCAGAGGAGGAGGUCAGUUUUGAGGAUUUGGAGGAGAGAGCAAAGUCAGGUGAUGCCAAAGCACAGACUAAGAUGGGCCGCUACUUCCUGGCACUGGCAGAAGAGAGCGAUGAAGAACUGAACAACUGCACAGCGGUCACGUGGCUGGUCCAGGCUGCUAAACAGGGCCGCAAGGAUGCAGUCAGACUGCUGCAACAGUGUUUAGCCUCCAGGAAAGGCAUCACAUUGGAGAACUUUGAGGAGGUGAAGAAGUUGUGUACAGAGUCGCGUUUUGAGAGAGGUGUUAGGAAGGCAGCUCUGCUCAUGUAUUGGAAGUUGAACCCUGAGAAGAAGAAGUCAGUGGCCGUUUCUGAGAUGCUAGAGAAUGUCGAACAUGUUCACACAGAGCCGGACAAACCAGUAUCCCCUGGUCCACUAAACCGCUCUGCUAAGAAACAGAGGAGAGUCCUGGAGACUAUGGUCACCAGCGAGGCCAGCUCCCACGUGGGCCUUGAUGACUUUGUUGAGAUGACUAAGAAGUAUGCCCAGGGAAUUGCACCCUCACCAGUCAUGGCUGCUGCAGGAGGAGACGAUGAUGAUGAUGAUGUAGUUGUGAAAAAUCCAGAUGAACUGCCCCUGCAUCAAAAACUGCUGAAGUUUCCUCUGUACGCCCUUCUGGAGAUAAAAGAGCACCUCAUCGACUGGGCAUCACGGGCAGGCAUGCAGUGGCUCAGCGCCCUGAUCCCUACCCACCACGUUAACGCACUCAUAUUCUUCUUUAUUAUCUCCAACCUGACAAUCGAGUUCUUCAUCUUCAUCAUCCCUCUGCUGGUUUUCUACCUCUCAUUCUUUUCCAUGAUCAUCUGCACACUGCGUGUAUUUCAGAAUUCCAAAGCAUGGGAAAAUUUCCGGGCUCUGACAGACCUGCUUGCUCACUUUGAACCUGGUCUCGAUCUGGAGCAGGCCGAGACCAACUUUGGAUGGACACACUUGGAGCCUUAUCUGUACUUCCUGCUCUCGGUGGUCUUUGUGGUUUUCUCCUUCCCUGUAGCUGAUAAAUCCUGGAUCCCCUGCUCGGAACUGGCCGCUGUCGCUGUCUUCUUCACCAUGACCGCCUUCCUCAGCCUUCAUGCCUCUGCUCAGCUCUUCGCUCGUAAAGCCCUAAUCACAGAGGUCCUCUCUGGAGCAUGCUCCCUCACUCAAUUGCUCCCAGACUCACUCUGGUUCCUCAGGAUCUUCGGGAAGACAUUCAUCACUGUACCUCUUGGAGAUAUUGUGGCAUUAAAUCUGGGGAUGCCAUGUCUGCUGUAUGGACACCUUGUCUAUCUUCUCUUCCGCAUGGCCCAGCUGAGAGGCUUUAAGGGCACCUAUCUGUGCCUGGUACCCUACUUGGUUUGCUUCACCUGGUGUGAGCUUUGUUUGGUGUUCCUUAAUAGUGCCACAGCAAUAGGACUCAUCCGCACAUGUGUGGGCUACUUCCUGUUUCUGUUUGCCCUUCCUAUACUUUCAUUGGGUAUGGCUGCAAUGCUCAUCAUCCAGUUAGUCCAGUGGUUUCUCACCCUGGAGGUCACCAAGAUGGUGGUCACAUUGACUGUUUGCUUUGUGCCGGUGGUGCUGAGGCUUUGGACUCGCUUCAGCCUCAACCCCAUCAAGGUGUUUCGGUCUUUGUCACGGAGCAGUGUUGUCAAGCUCAUCCUGGUUUGGCUCAGUGCCGUGGUGCUUUUCUGCUGGAUGUACGUCUACAGGUCUGAGGGCAUGAAGGUGUACAACUCCACCCUGACGUGGCCCGAGUACAGCAACCUCUGCGGCCCUCUGGCCUGGAAAGAGUCCAACAUGGCCCAAACCCAGAUUCUCUGCUCUCAUCUCGAAGGACACCGUGUGACCUGGACAGGACGCUUCAAAUAUGUCCGUGUGACUGACAUUGAGAAUGGGCCACAGUCUGUUAUCAACCUGCUACCUGUAUUUGUGGGGAACUGGAUGCGGUGCCUGUAUGGUGAACCAUAUCCUCUAUGUGAUGACUUGAAGAAUACCACGGCUGAGCCCCAGCCUCUGCCUGCCCCAGCUCCUCUUCCAGAAGAUCCCCUCUGUAAACUCAAAAAUCUGGCAAAGCACGAAUGCCACGUCAAACGGUUUGACCGGUACAAGUUUGAAGUUACAAUGGGCAUGCCGCUCGAGAGGAAGACCAGGGAUGGGACAAUCAUCGAGGAUGAAGAUGCGACUAAGGACAUAGUCCUGCGGGCUAGUAACGAGUUCAAGUCUGUGCUUUUACACUUAAACACUGGCAGCCUGGUGGAGUUCAGCACCAUACUGGAGGGGCGUUUAGGCUCUAAAUGGCCUGUGUUUGAACUGAAAGCCAUUCACUGCAUGUCAUGCGGUGAUGCUCCCCUUCCCAGCCGCAGACAGUACAAGAUUGAACACGACUGGAGGCGCACAGCCCAGAAUGCCCUGCAGUUUGGUUUCGACUUCUUCUUCAACCCCUUCCUAACCGCACAGCUCGAACAGCACUCGGAGAUAGAGGCCAGAACAGAGAUUGUGACACGGGAGGGGGGAUAGACAAGAUGCUUGAAAAUAACACUGUUAUCAGUAAAGAACACUAAUGAUUUUACCUGCUGUUCUUAAAAGAAUCAGAUUGCAAUAUUGACGAGUGUCUUACUGUAGAAAAGUAGACAGGCCCUCAGAUAUGUGAGCUCUCUACUGAGCGAGUGUGUUUGCCUUUUUAUAGCUUUGGAGCCAAAAUGUGUGAGUACAUGUAAUGAAAAACAUAUAAUGCUAAAAGAUGAGAAGUGCAGAAUAAUGAGGUUUCAAACUACUUUCCUGCCUUACACCACAAGAGUAAAAACAUUGUGUAAACCUCCCUUGCUGUGUUCAGUUUGUUACAAACAUUUCAUCCAGUUUAAGCUGCAUGUGAGCUAAUAAUUAUGAUUGUAGUAAUGACAGGAUUUUGAUUUGUGUCUGGAUGCAAACACUAUAUCUGCCGAAUGCAAAAUUUUCUCUACAUUGUGAUGUUUUGUGGCCAAAAUCAUCAGUGUUGGUCUUCUGCGGUUGCCUUGUUGAACUGCACCCACAUUGUUGUGUAGUUACCAUUGUUGAAGGGAAGUCCAUACAGUUUUCAAGUGCCUUCUUAAAAUACAGUUCAAAUAUUAUUUGGGAGCAAAUAAAUGAAAUUAUGUCUGUAAAUUUUUACCCCUCAAAAGCUCUGCUGCAUCAGAGCUUUUAUUUAUUACAGAACAGUUAUCCAGGUUUGUCUGUUUCUCUAUGUUCAUGUGUUUGGCUUCAUCUCUGCUGUGCAGGGAUUUAAUAUAUUGAACAUUUGUGGUCCCAGAGUGAUGAUGUGUUUUAAGUUAGGAUGUCACUACUUUUUUCUGUA